AUGAAACAAAUCAAAAGACGACGAAAUAAUAUCAUUCAUGAUAAUAACGAUAACAAACGGAAAAGGAUUGACGUAACAGCAAACGAAACAAACUGUUUAAUAAAAGAAAAUCUUACUACUCUUGAAAAUCUUUCAAAUGAACUUAUUUAUGAAAUAUUUGAAUUUCUCAAUAAUCAUCAUGCAUUUCAAGCUUUUUAUGAUCUUAAUCAACGAUUUCAAGAUCUUUUUCUUAAAUCAAAUCUUCCAAUUAAAAUCAAUAUUUCAUCCAUAUCAAAAUCUAAAUUUCAGCAUUAUUUAACACAUAUUAUUAAACCUUAUGCUUAUCGAAUUGAAUUAUUUCGAUUAUCGAAUCCAUUUAUUGAUCUAAAUUUAUUACUACUGCCAAUAAUGAAAAAUUUAACUCAACUUACAACACUUAUUUUAAAUAAUAUUGAAUCGAAUUAUAUUGAACAAAUUAUAAAUCAUUUAUCUUCUUUACCUGUUUUAUCUUCAUUAAUUAUUAUAUCGAUUAAUACUAUUAAAAAUCAUAAGAAUAUUUAUUAUAAAGUAUUUCGUUUACCUAUACUGAAAUAUUGUCAGAUAUUAAUUGAAUUAUUACAAUGUCCAAAAUCAUUACCUGUUGCUACAAAUGAAUUUAGUACUAUUGAACAUCUCAUCAUUAAUCAUGAUAUUUCGAUUGAUCAACUUCCUAUUUUAUUAUCUUAUGUUCCACAACUACGUCGUUUAUCUAUUAGUAAUCUAAAGGAAUCUAAACUCAAUCGAACUGAAAGAGUAACAAAUUAUUUUCGUCAAAUUCAAGUUUUAACUAUUGCAAUACAAUAUGUUGGAUUUUAUGGUAAUAGUACACAAUAUUUAAAUGCUGAUCGAUGGGAACAAUUAAUUUCAACUUAUAUGUUAAAUCUACUUGUCUUUGAUUUUCAACUUUCAUAUCAAUAUCAAUGGUUCUUUGAUCAUCAUUAUCAUCAGAUAACAUGGUCGAAUGCUGCUGUCUUCUAUUCAAGAAAUCCAUAUAGAAGAAAAGAUUAUGUAUUAUAUGAUGAACUGGUCGAAAAUAUAUGGUCAUCUCGUUUUGAUAUUAAUGAAGACUCAAUUCAUCAUAUUUGUAUUCAUAGUACAAAUAUGAUAAAAAAAUCCAUUGAUCAUUUUCCAAAUGCUACUAAACUUACAUUUUGUAAAACAUUUGAAGUACCUCGUGAUUUAAUUAUCAUUGAUUUGAUUCGUCUUCUUCCAUUGAAACAAUUGACUAAACUAACUAUUGAAUGUCAUUAUUUUUCUUUUGAACAAUUAAUUGAACUUUUACAAUUUACACCUAAUGUUCAUGUAUUAAAACUUGAGUCUAUAUUACUUUAUCGAACUGAUUCUGUUUCAAUUCAACAAAAUGAAUUAUCAAAAUUGGUAUCUAAUAUGAAUACUAUAACAAAGGUAACAAUUAGUAAAGAAAUUACGUUAGAAAAAAUUCAAUUACUUACUACUGUUUUUCCUCGAAUGGAAUAUCUUACUAUUAAUUUAUAUAAACAAGAUUUACAACCAAUAGCUCAAUUUUUAUUAUCAAAAUCUAAUAAUAAUACUCGUUAUUUAUCCUCAUUAUGUAUUUCAAAGCAACGUAAUGAUCUGAUGACAAUAUUGAAAACUUUGAUUAAAUCAAAAAAACUUCUUCGUGAUUAUACGCUCAAAGUUAUUAAUCGAAAAUUGUAUUUAUGGUGGUAG